UUUCUCCGUACUGUGAUCUACUUACUGUACGUACUAUAAAGCCAUGGCUUCUUCGUCUGCCGUUGGAAAGCUUUCUCGGGAAGAGUUUCGUCGUCAGAAAGAUUUGGAUGCAGCUCGAAAAGCUGGUACAGCGCCUGCCGCUUUGGAUGAAGAGGGGAAACCUAUCAAUCCUCAUAUUCCUCAAUACAUCUCCCAAGUGCCAUGGUAUCUAGACACUGGAGCCCCAACCCUCAAACAUCAGCGUCGACAAGAUGACGACCGUUCAGCGACAAAACUUGAUGCUUGGUAUGAUCGUGGUGCCAAGGCUGGACCUGCAGCUAAGAAGUAUCGUAAAGGCGCAUGCGAGAACUGUGGGGCUAUGACCCAUAAUAAGCGGGACUGUCUUGAACGACCCAGGAAGAAAGGCGCCAAGUUUACCAACAAAGAUAUUCAAGCAGACGAAGUCGUACAGCAAGUCUCUGUCGGCUAUGCUGCAAAGCGGGAUCGAUGGAAUGGGUAUGACGUUGCCGAUCAUAAACAGGUGUACGAAGAAUAUGCUGCCAUCGAGGCCGCACGGCAAAAACUGCGCGAGGAGGAGAUCGACAACCAAACUACGACUGACCUGGCCGCAGUUCGGAGGGUAGCAAAGGCAGGCAAAGUGGAAAACCAACAGGUCGACCCCGACUUUGGCUCAAGUGACGAAGAGGACGGAGAUGAAGACAAGUAUGCAGAUGCCGCCGACGCCGUAGGACAGAAGCUGGAUGCCAAAACACGUAUCACAGUCCGCAAUCUACGUAUUCGAGAGGAUACUGCCAAAUAUCUCGUCAAUCUCGAUCCUUCAAGCGCCUACUACGACCCGAAAACGCGCUCAAUGCGUGAUGCUCCUUUGCAAAACGUGCCCGCUGAAGACGCCAAAUUUGCUGGAGAUAACUUUCUGCGCUAUUCCGGAGAUGCCCCUGAUGUCCAGCAGUUACAACUCUUUGCGUGGCAAGCUGCUGCACGAGGAAAUGAUGUACAUCUGAAUGCUAACCCGACCCAGGGGGAACUGCUGCAUUCAGAGUUUAAGAAACGCAAGGAAGAGCUCAAAGAGACCUCCAAGGUUAGCAUCCUCGCAAAAUACGGGGGAGAAGAGUACCUGCAGGCAGCGCCCCAAGAACUACGGCAAGGUCAAACAGAGAAUUAUGUGGAAUAUUCUCGUUCCGGACAGCUGAUUAAAGGUCGUGAGCGUGCAAAAGCCAAAUCAAAAUAUUUGGAAGAUGUUCUGGUCAAUAAUCAUGCCGCCGUUUGGGGUUCUUGGUACGAUGCAGCGACUGGUACCUGGGGCUACGCUUGCUGUCACUCGACAAUUCACAUCUCCUACUGUUCUGGUCAGGCAGGCAUUGAUGCUGCUAAAGGCUCAAGUGCCCAGAUUCUCUUGUCCUCAGAUCCUAAAUCUAGUGAUCCACCCUCGUCUAUUCCUGAACGCCUUGCAUCCACAGAGAUGAUACAACAGAAUUACGAUAAGAAGAGGAUGGGAGAGGGGGACAUCAAACUGGACAAAGAUCGCCUUAUGCAGGCCAUGAAAGAUGAGAAGAAGAGGAAAAAGGGAGACGAUGAUGACCGCGAUGGACUUGGGAAGAAGUCAAAGAGUAGCUGGGAAGGUGGCAGUCAUGACGUGACGGAGGAAGAACUUGAGGCGUAUCGGAUGCACAGGCGAAUAACAGAGGACCCUAUGGCGGGUUAUGUCGAUGCAGAGGGUUAA